AUGUGCCUAAUUGCCUUGAGCAAGACAUCGGCUCUAGGGUUGUACCCUAACAGCUCGGUAAUUGGUAAGAAGGUUCGGUGUAACUGGAGUGUUCGCAAAAAACUUAUGGUGGUUUAUUAUUUUGAAUGUAUUAAAAAUGUAAGAGCAACUGCAAGGCGAUUUGAUAUUGAACCUAAACAAGUUCGUGACUGGCGAAGUAAGAAGCAAGAACUUUUAAAUGCAGCACCUUAUCUUUUAACACUCAAUCCUGGCCGACUAGCUCUGUAUCCCCUUUUAGAAAGAAGGCUAGUUGAAUGGGUUGAUGUGCUUUGUAGAAAACAGGUGGCCGUUACACAAAAUAUGGUUAUUAGAUAG